UCUCCGUCUCCGAAUAGAGAGAGAGAGAGACUCAAAACAUUUCCAAAAUCAAACCUCAAAAUCAAAAUCAAUGGCCAAGAAAGGUAUCCCAGAGUGGCUCAACAGUUCUCUCUGGUCUUCCUCUCCUCCUCCUCCUCUCAUCGACGAUCGCCACCUCCGCAAUCCUCCCGCCACUUCCGUCACCCCUCCAUCUCCUCCGAUCGUCGAGCGUCCUCCUUUUUCUUCCUCUCCCUCCGCGAUUUCCACCGCACCAGCUCCGUCUCUUCCUGUUCGUCCUCCUUCCAAAUCUGAGAUUAACGAUUUGCAGAAUGGGAGUGGUAACGAUGGAGCUGGAACCGAAAGUCCUGUAGCUUCUUCGGUUGAGGAUGUUUCUCGAAAGGCGCAGGUCGUGGCUGAGUUAUCGAAGAAGGUGAUAGACUUAAAGGAAUUGAGGAAAAUUGCUUCCCAAGGUUUACCUGAUGAUGCUGGAAUUCGCUCCAUUGUUUGGAAGCUUUUAUUGGGUUAUCUGUCACCGGAUCGCUCCCUGUGGUCUUCUGAGUUAGCUAAGAAAAGGUCUCAGUACAAGCAAUUCAAAGAGGAGCUUCUGAUGAAUCCUUCAGAAGUAACAAGGAAAAUGGAUAAAUCAAAGGGCGGUGAUAGUAAUGACCCAAAAGUUGAAAGCCCUGGUGCCCUAUCAAGGUCAGAGAUCACUCAUGAGGAUCAUCCCUUAAGUCUUGGAACAACAAGCUUAUGGAAUAAUUUUUUCAAGGACACAGAAGUCUUGGAGCAAAUAGACCGCGAUGUGAUGCGUACUCAUCCAGAUAUGCACUUUUUCUCUGGGGAUUCAGCGGUUGCAAAAUCUAAUCAGGAUGCUUUGAAGAACAUUUUGACUAUUUUCGCAAAGUUGAAUCCUGGCAUCAGAUAUGUACAAGGGAUGAAUGAGAUAUUGGCACCUAUUUUCUACAUCUUUAAAAAUGACCCGGAGAAAGGAAAUGCAGCGUACGCUGAAUCAGAUGCAUUUUUCUGUUUUGUUGAAUUGAUGAGUGGGUUUCGAGAUAAUUUCUGUCAACAACUUGAUAACAGUGUUGUGGGUAUACGUUACACUAUAACAAGACUGUCGUUGCUCUUGAAGCAUCAUGAUGAAGAACUUUGGCGUCAUUUAGAAGUCACAACCAAAAUAAACCCACAAUUCUAUGCAUUCAGAUGGAUCACACUCCUAUUGACUCAAGAGUUCAAUUUCGUGGAAAGCCUUCACAUCUGGGACACACUCUUAAGCGACCCCGAAGGUCCUCAGGAAACGCUACUGCGGAUAUGCUGUGCAAUGUUGAUUCUAGUUCGAAGGCGUUUACUUGCUGGAGAUUUUACGUCAAACCUCAAACUUCUUCAGAACUAUCCUCCUACAAAUAUCAGUCACAUGCUCUAUGUGGCAGACAAAUUACGCACUAAAUAAGGAUCUUCAGGUUAAUAAUAUUUCACUCCUUUCUCCUUUAUAAACUCUGCAACUUUCGUCUGUACAUUAUUGUGUAAGGUAAUUUUAGCUGCAAGAGAAAAUCUCAGAUCAAACCUUUGCUUCAGUGUUAAAGACUAUGAUGUUAUUACUGUGUAACAGAGUUAUAAAUAGAGAGAGAAUUUUAGG